AAAAAAAAAAAAAGCUCCAGCAGAAAACGCUCGCCUCUCCUCUCGCUCAAAGUGUGACCUAGCCCCUCUCACUCCCCUCCUCCCUCGCGCCCCUCCCGACCGGCCGCUCGCGAUCGGAGAAGCCCCCGCGGAGCCACGCGCCGCUCGCCAUUGAAACUUCGGAUUCUUCAGAACCCUCCCCACCCCGGGGCCGCUCGCCGCGCGCCGCUCGCCAUCGGAACCCUCUCGCAGCUCGCCAUCAGAAGUUCGAAACCCUCCCUGCCCCGGGCCAAAAUUGAAUCCAGGUGGGGAAGAAGACAGAGGGAUGAAUUCGGCAGCUGCCAUAGGGAAGUCUGCAAACAUCUUCUGGCAUGACUGCCCGGUCGGAAAGGCCGACAGGCAGAAGUUGUUGAAGCAGAAAGGGUGUGUUGUUUGGAUCACAGGCCUCAGUGGGUCAGGGAAAAGCACCUUAGCAUGUACACUAGGUAGGGAGCUGCACUGUAGAGGAAAGCUUGCAUACGUCCUUGAUGGUGACAACCUUAGGCAUGGGCUAAACAAGGAUCUCGGCUUCAAGGCAGAAGACCGUGCAGAAAAUAUUCGCCGGGUUGGUGAAGUGGCAAAGCUCUUUGCAGAUGCAGGUUUAAUCUGUAUUGCAAGUUUAAUUUCUCCAUACAGGAGAGAUCGUGACACUUGUCGUGCUCUGCUACCAGAUGCUAGUUUCAUCGAAGUUUACAUGAAUAUGCCUUUAGAACUAUGUGAAGCAAGGGAUCCAAAGGGCCUUUACAAGCUUGCUCGUGAAGGAAAAAUUAGAGGUUUUACUGGAAUAGAUGAUCCUUAUGAGCCACCAUUGAAUUGUGAGAUAGAAAUACAACAAGAGAACGGAGUGUGCCCCUCCCCUUGUGCCAUGGCAGGACAUGUUGUUACUUAUUUAGAGGAGAAAGGCUUUCUACAAGAGUAGCAAAUGGAUGUCGGAAACCUUUCUUUUGGAGGAAAAUAAUUUGCAACCAUUAACCGUAAGUGUCCUUGUAAUUGUUAUGUAUGAAUCUUGUUUUCGGAAAGGGUGGCAACAGGAGGGUUGUUCUAAUUGGUGUGUAUGAAUCAUGCUUCCUAAAGAGGCGUAGGUGCAAAUCUAAUGUAAUUAUUCAUUAUUCAAUUUUUUUACUUUGUAAUUUGUUUUAAAUUGCUUAUUGAAUAUUGUUACUUUGUUUUACUAGCUUUCCCUAUGUGUAUAUCACUGGAAGAAAAUACAGUGAUAAUUGGAUUAUUUGCCUGAAAAGAUGAAGUGCUUUAUCACCUUUUAUUGAGCU